UUAGGAGCGGAAGACUCUUCCCAGGCACUUUCAGGUGUGACAGAAAUACGACUUUGGGAACCAUGAUUUCCUCAUCACAGCAGCAACUUAAAAUGCCUGUUGUGCUCUUUGGAGCCUCGAAUAUAUUUUGGAUGGUGUUUGCAGCUUCUCAAGCUUUUAAAAUCGAGACCUAUCCUGAAUCCUGGAUUCUAGCUCAGAUUGGUGACUCCGUCUCCUUGACUUGCAGCACUACGGGCUGUGAGUCUCCAGUUUUUUCGUGGAGAACCCAGAUAGACAGUCCAUUAAAUGGGAAGGUGAAGAAUGAGGGCACAAAUUCCACAUUGACCAUGGAUCCUGUUAGUUUUGAGAAUGAACACUCUUACCUGUGCACAGCAACUUGCGGAUCUGAGAAACUGGAAAAAGGAAUCCAGGUGGAGAUCUAUUCUUUCCCUAAGGAUCCAGAAAUUCACUUCAGUGGUCUUCUGGAGGUCGGGAAGCAGGUCACAGUCAAGUGCUUGAUCCCUGAUGUAUACCCGUUUGACAGGCUGGAGAUGGAUUUAUGGAAAGAUGAUCAUCUCAUGAAGAAUCAGGAAUUUCUGGAAGAUAUGGAUAGGAAGUCCCUGGAAACCAAGAGUUUGGAAGUAACCUUUAUUCCUGUCAUGGAGGAUACUGGAAAAGCUCUUGUUUGUAGAGCUCAAUUAAACAUUUAUGAAACUGAAUCUGUGCCCCCAAAAAGGAACACUACCAAAGAACUGCAAGUCUACAUCUCACCCAAGAAUACAGUCAUCUCCGUGCAUCCCUCCACAAGGCUGCAAGAAGGUGAUUCUGUAACAAUGACAUGUUCCAGUGAGGGUCUGCCAGCUCCAAAGAUUAUCUGGAACAAGAAAUUAGAUAAUGAGAAUCUACAGCUUCUUUCUGGUAAUGAGACUCUCACCUUAAUUGCUAUGAGGAUGGAAGAUUCUGGAACAUAUGUAUGUGAAGGAGUUAAUUCUAUUGGAAGAAGCCAAAAAGAGGUGGAAUUAAUUGUUGAAGAGAAACCAUUUACUGUUGACAUCUUCCCUGGACCUCAGGUUGUUGCUCAGAUAGGGGACUCAGUUGUGCUAACAUGCCGUGUCACAGGCUGUGAGUCCCCAUCUCUCUCUUGGAGAACCCAGAUAGAUAGCCCUCUGAGCGGGAAGGUGACAAGUGAAGGGACGGAGUCCACACUGACCCUGAGCCCUGUGGGUUUUGAGAACGAACACUCUUACCUGUGCACUGUCACCUGUGGACGGAGGAAACUGGAAAAAAGAAUCAGAGUGGAGCUCUACUCCUUCCCUACAGAUCCAGAAAUUGAGAUGAGUGGUCUACUUGUGAAUGGAAACCCCGUCACUGUAAGCUGCAGGGUUCCUAAUGUGUACCCUUUUGACCAUUUGGAGAUCGAAUUACUUAAUGGGGAGACUAUUCUGAUGAAAAAAAACUUUUUGGAGGAAAUGGAUAGGAAAUCCCUAGAGACCAAAAGUUUGGAAGUAACCUUCACCCCCACCACGGAAGAUAGUGGAAAAGUUCUUGUUUGUCGGGCUAAGUUACAUACUGGUGAAAUGGAAUCUGAACACAAACAAAGGCAGAGUACACAGACGCUUUAUGUCAAUGUUGCUCCAAAAGACAUACAGCUUACAGUGUUUCCUUCUGAGAGUGUCAAGGAAGGAGACACUGUCAUUAUCUCCUGCACAUGUGGAAAUAUUCCAGAAACUUGGAUAAUCCUGAAGAAGAAAGCAAAGACAGGAGACACGGUGCUGAAAUCUAUAGAUGGCGCAUACACCAUCCUCAAGGUGCAGCUGGAGGAUGCAGGAGUAUAUGAAUGUGAAUCUAAAAAUGAAGUGGGCUCACAAUUAAGAAAUUUAACACUGGAUGUUAAAGGAAGAGACAAUACCAAGGACUAUUUUUCUCCUGAACUUCUUGUGCUCUAUUGUGCAUCCUCCUUGAUAAUACCUGCCAUUGGAAUGAUCAUCUACUUUGCAAGGAAGGCCAACAUGAAAGGGUCAUACAGUCUUGUAGAAGCACAGAAAUCAAAAGUGUAGCUAACAUUUGAAAUGUUCAACCGGAGAUACUGUUUAUAACUCCAAAUCAUUCCACAAGAAAAGCAACGAACUAAGAGUUCAGACUUCCGGGGAUGUAUUGAAAACAGAAAGAAAUGGCCGCCUGGGCCCCUUGCUGUGAGAAGGAGGCCAACAGAGAACAUUCUGCUUGAAAAGUCACUGGCAUGGAGAGAUGAGAUGACUCCAGAGCUUUCCUGAUAUGUACAUAUAAUAACAUAAUUUGUACAUAUGUAAAAUAAAUUAUGCCAUAACAAGUUUGUUUGAAAUAGCAACAACCUAUCUUCAGAUUAUGAAAUACUUCAACAGUGUUGCUGGGACUGACUGUUAUAACUUAAUGCAUCUUAGGAAAAUUUAAUAUUUACUAUUGACUGGCAGCUGACCUGUGUGAUUUUUCUUAUAUUUUAUUUCUUUAACAAAAUUUUCUUCCCAUUAAGUUUAUUGACAAUAAUUCGUGUUUUAUAAAAAAGCUGGCAUGUUAUAUUUUUUAUAGGCAAAUGACAAAGAGGGCACUGGGUGGAUUUUCAGGUACUGAAUACCUCAACCUCGUGUAUGAUGGUUGACUGGAUUUCUCUGUAUGGUACUGACAUGGUACGGAGAUGUUUUAUGAUGUUUGUUUAUCAGACCCUUGUGUAACUUUCUAAUGUAGUUUUAAAAUGCAAUUUCUUUUGAUUUUCUUUUGUAAAUGUUUAGUUCUUUGUAUAGUAAAGAGAUGAUUCCUGGAAUUAG